AUGAUGGAAUAUCAUUCUCACGACGACGACUCAAAACAAUUAAAAUCUGUUAAUGGUAUAAGUCCAGGUACUGGUUCCGAUGAAUCAGAAAUCGGUAGUGAUGAAGCUCAUUUACUUCUUGAUAAACAUGAAUUAGAUAAAUUAUACAGAAAGUUAGAUUAUAGAAUCAUUCCUGCUUUAUGGUGUUUAUAUUUCUUAACCUCAUUCGGGUCAAGUUGUUAUGGGUUAACUUUAACUAUGAACUUUGAAGAUGGUCAUUCGCUUUCCCAAUACUUGAAUUUAUCUCCAAAAGAUAUCUCAACUGCUUCGGCUCUUUAUUAUGUUGGUUAUAUUAUCUUUGAUGUUCCUAUGAAUUUGGUUAUGACUAAAAUUAGUCCUCAAACGUGGUUAUCCAGAAUUGUGCUUACUGUCGGUUUAGUAUAUACUUGUUAUCAUGUCUUAAGUAGUCGUCAAGGUGUUCAAGCUGCUAGAUUUAUCAGUGGUAUGGUUGGUGCUGGGACUUGGCCAGGUAUGAGUUAUUAUAUUUCCUUAUGGUAUCCCAAUGAAAGACUGACAAGACGGAUUGGUUAUUAUUUCACUGCUGCUCAAAUCUCGGCCGCUGUUGCUGGUUUAGUCAGCGCUGGGUUCCAGAAGAUGGAUGGUAUGAGAGGAUAUACUGGUUGGCAAUGGAUGUAUUUGGUUUAUGGAAGUCUUACUAUGGCCGUCGGUAUCCUGUUGUUAUGGUGGCUACCAGACAGACCAUUUAUGGAAAGAGAUCACUCCAGCCAUAUCAUAAUUGAAUGGUAUUACAAGAUCUUCUCCUCCCCCCAUCCAUUAAAUGAACAUGAAAAGGAAUUACACAGACAAGAUUUAGAAUCAAGAUACAAAUUACUCAAAUGGACUUGGAAAGAUGUCGCCCUCGUUAUUACUGAUUUGCGUAUCUGGACAAUCAUCAUCAUGUAUUUCGGUGUCGUAGGUACCGGUUUUGGUUUAGCAGUAUUUGGAUCUACCAUUAUCCACGUCAAUAACCCCAGUUUAAGUUCUAUCGAUGUUUCCCUAUUAUACGCCCCAAUCUGGAUCUGUGAUCUUAUCGGUAUCUUAACACUCACCCCAUUUGCCGACAGAUAUAAACAAUACAGAGCCGCAAUCUUCAGUGGUGCCUGUGUCAUCAUCAUGGUUGGUUUAUUCGUAGCUACUUUCGCUCAUGGGUCUUGGGGUAAAUACGUUGGAUUAUUGGUUGCCGGAUAUGGUCUUGGUCCAACUGUUCCUAUUUGUAUGUCCUGGUCUGCGGAGAUUUUCCAACCUCGUUAUGGAGAUGUUGGAACCGCUGUCAGUGCGGCUUUGGUUAGUGGAUUGGGUAAUUUGGGUUCGGUUACUUCUACUUAUGCUUUAUAUUCUGGUUGGCCGGCUGAUCAAGCUAGAUUAUUCAAAUAUUCGAAUAUGAUGUUGGUGGUUAUGUUGGGGGCUAGUAUUAUUGCUUCUGUUGCUACUGAGCUCAUUAGAAAUAAGGUUAGGCAACAACACUAA